AUGGCGGCUCCGUCGCCGUCUUCCCCACCAAACUUUCUAUCUCCUCCGUCUUUCCGAUCAGUCAAAGCUUCUUACUUUCUUCGAAAUUGUUCAAAUUUCUCUCAUUUGAAACAGAUUCAUUCCAAAAUCAUCAGACACAAUCUCAACAACGAUCAGUUACUUGUUCGUCAGCUCAUCAGUGUAUCUUCUUCAUUCGGAGAGAUCCAAUACGCUUCUCUCGUCUUUAAUCAACUUCAAUCUCCUUCUACUUUUACUUGGAAUCUUAUGAUAAGAUCUCUCUCUGUUAAUAACAAGCCUCGUGAAGCUCUUCUUCUCUUUAUACUCAUGCUCUCUCAUCAAUCAGAGCUUGAUAAAUUCACUUUCCCUUUUGUUAUCAAAGCUUGUCUCGCUUCUUCUUCUCUUCGUUUAGGUACCCAAGUCCAUGGUUUAGCUAUCAAAGCUGGCUUUUUCUCCGAUGUUUUCUUUCAAAACACUCUCAUGGAUCUUUACUUCAAGUGUGGGAAACCUGAUUGUGGACGUAAGGUGUUUGAUAAAAUGCCUGGCCGAACUAUUGUUUCAUGGACUACUAUGCUUUAUGGUCUUGUCUCCAAUUCACGAUUGGAUUCUGCAGAAAUCGUAUUCAACCAAAUGCCAACAAGAAACGUUGUCUCAUGGACUGCGAUGAUCGCUGCUUACGUUAAGAAUCGAAGACCCGAUGAGGCGUUUCAGCUCUUUAGGAGAAUGCAGGUUGAUGAUGUUAAGCCUAAUGAGUUUACAAUAGUUAAUUUGUUGCAGGCCUCUACUCAGUUAGGAAGCUUGUCUAUGGGUAGAUGGGUUCAUGAUUAUUCUCACAAAAACGGUUUCCCACUUGAUUGUUUCCUUGGAACCGCUUUGAUCGAUAUGUAUAGCAAAUGUGGAAGCUUGCAGGACGCAAGAAAAGUGUUUAGUGUGAUGCAAAGUAAGAGUUUAGCGACUUGGAAUUCAAUGAUCACUAGCUUGGGAGUACAUGGAUGUGGAGAAGAAGCUUUGUCUCUGUUUGAACUGAUGGAAGAAGAAGAAGGUGUAGAACCAGAUGCUAUCACUUUUGUUGGUGUCUUAUCCGCCUGUGCAAACAUCGGAAAUGUAAAUGACGGUUUGACGUACUUCAUACGCAUGAUCCAAGUUUACAAUAUUACACCUAUCCAAGAACAUAAUGCUUGUAUGAUCCAACUGCUGGAGCAUGCCCUGGAAGUGAAUAAAGUUUCGAACUUGGUUGAUUCUAUGUCUUCUGAUCCAAACCACAACACUUCAUUUGAUAUCGAAAACACGGAUAGAGUGAGUGAAAGGUACGAAACUCCGAGAGCCACCAUCACAUUAUGUUCUCCAAGUGGGAUGCAGGCUGAUUUUUGA